AUGACUCUUGAUGGAAGUUGUAUGGUUUGUGGAAGCGCGUUGGAAAAUACUGACCAUGUACUGCGAUUUUGUACACCAGCUGUGGAAACUUGGCUUUCUGUUACUAAGGUGGAAACGAGACAUGAGUCUCAGCUUGGAAGAAUGGCAAACCAUGGGUCGAACCAGACAUUGAGGCACAUAAAUGCUGAUUCUCGUAAAGCCAUAAGAUGUAAACCACUAGAUGAUGGAUGGAAGAACGUGAAUACUUAUGGUGUUAUGUGUCAACUUUCAGGGAUUGCUAUUGUGGGUGGAUUAAUCUGUGACCAGGUUGGAGUAUGGAUUGCAAGCUUCACAAGAAAUCUCGAGAGUUGCUUGGUGCUCAUGGCUGAACUCUGGGGUAUACUUGAUGGGCUCCAAAUAGCUUGGAGUUUCAGGCUGAAGAAAAUGGUGCUUGAGACAGACAGUAAGGAAGCUAUUCAAGCAAUUUAA